AUGUCUUGUUUGGGAGUGGUAUUUUGCAUGUUGGAGAGUUUGACGGACUGCAGCCGUUCUGCUGCUGCUGCUGCUGCUGCAGUUGCUGCUGCAGCAGCGCCGCCGCGGCCUCGCGCGCCCGCCGCUGCGCCGCCGCCGCCCGCCGCCGCUGCUGCUGCUGCUGCUGCUGCUGCUGCUGGGGGGCCCCGGGCCUCCUUCGUGGACCCUGGAGACAGCCACAAAUUCACAACUUCUGUCGAAGUUGGAAAUCCUCUUUCUCCCCAUUACUCCGACUUGGGGGCCCCAUACCCUUUCUCCCGUUUGGGAGAUGAUGAAGGCAGCAAACGCCUGCGGAAAGCUCUAGACGGACUUGUGGACACUGUGGGGUCUCUUUGUUCUCCGCAUGAGGGGAUUCUGAAAAAAAGUACAGAAGUGUCUUGGCCGCUCUCCGACGGCAGUGGGCUGCUGAUGCUGAAACUGACUGUGGACGAGCUG